CAGAUGAAAACUUGUUGAACCGGGAAUAGGGAGGGGUGUGUCCACCGGGGAGUGAAGUGUUUGGAGAAGCUUUUCCCUGCGACUGAGCACAGACCUCUCAACCCACGCCUCUCUGGGAAACCUUUGUACCUGUGUUGGGUGGAGGGAUUCAGUGUUGUGCGGAGAGUGGGGCGCAAUGGGAGAUGUGAUUUCAACUCACCUUGAUGAGAACCGGCGACAGUUUAUCACAGAAAGAACUGGGAAGAUUCUGGAUGAGUUUUUCCAAUUCUAUGAGGAGCAAUAUCCAUUAGCUCUCUUCAAUAAGAUCCGGUAUGAGGUUGAAGAAAAUGGUGGGCCGCAACCUCAACUUCUUCAAAGAAAGGCCCCAUUAAAGGAUCGAGUUAUCUUCUCUGGCAACCUUUACCAGUAUAUGGAAGUAAACCGGAAGUGGAAAAAUAGAUACUUUGUUGUACGUGAUGACUACGAUGUGGCAUUUUACGACGGCAAAAUGGCCUAUGACAGAGGAGCAAGCCCAAAGGGUGUAAUUAAUUGUGCAGGCUACAAGGUGCUGAAGUCGAUGGAUCAGUAUCUGGAAUUGAUUAACAACAGUAUGCCAGGAAUCAAAGGAAAAGCCAGCAACUCUCCAUUUCUGAAGUGGCCAACUGAGUAUCGCACCAUCUUAUGGCACCCAUAUGAGCAGCAUUACUACUUCUGUGUUGUAUCAGAGAAAGAACAGCAGAAGUGGCAUGCUGUGUUUCAGGACUGUGUUCGCCACCUUAACAAUGGAUUACCUGAAGAUUGCAAAGUAGAGACUCCAGCCUUCACAGAUGCUGUCCGAUUGUACCGUCAGUCAAAAGAUCAAUAUGGCACGUGGGACAUGCUGUGUGGCAAUCAAGCACAGAUCAUAAGUAAUUUGGUAAUGGAGGAGCUUCUACCGGAACUGGGAACUGCAAUUCAACCAAAGCUAAAGGGCAAGUUUCAUGACCGACAGAGGGCCUGGAUCCUGAUCACAGAGGCUGUGCAUAAAAUGGUUCUGGCACAGACGAAAGCCCGAUACGAAGCUGUUUUACAAAAGUGUGAGGAGGCCCGUCCUGGACUGGAAAGCAGGAUUCGCCCAGAUAUGGACCAAAUUAUCAGUUCUAAGGAGCACGUGGGAAACAAAAUCAGAGUUUACGUAAUGCCUAAAGCUGAAGCUUGUGUUCGAAAUCACGUCCAGCCUUACAUCUCGUCCAUCCUUGAUGCUUUGAUGGGCCCGGUCAGCAGGGGCUUUGCUGAAGUCAGAGACCUGUUUUUCAAGGAGAUUGUCGAAAUGAAUAAGAAUGUUCUAAACGAAGGAGGCCAGCACAAGCUGGGAGAGUACAUGGAAAAACUGAGUGUGCUGCCAUAUCACCCAGUGAAGAUGCAAAGCUGCUACGAGCAUCUAGAGCAGCUGCAGCCACAGCUGCAGGGCCUUCAGCAACGCUUUGAUCUCUCCAGCCCAGCAGUAUUUGUCCAGCGUGGUCAGAUCCUGAUGAGAGAGCUUUUGGAUAAUGCAGUGUAUACAUUUGAGCAACUUCUCCACCAAGAUCUUGGUCAUUCCCCAGAUAAGGAACAAUUGUGCAAGACAAUUCAACGCAUCCAGGAGAGAGUUCUGAAGAAAUAUGAUUACGACAGCAGCACUGUCAGGAAGAAGUUUUUCCGAGAAGCACUGCUCCAGAUUACUAUUCCAUAUAUGUUAAAGAAGCUCUCAUCAUCUGUCAACACGGGUCUACCUAAAUUUCAAGAAUACAUCUUCGAAGACUUCUCCAAGUUUAUCCUGGUAGAUAAUAUUUUUGAAGAAGUGGUUCUCCAAUCUGUUUCAAAAGACAUAAUGUUAGCUGUGAAAGAAGCAGCCGUUCAAAGAAAGCAUAACCUCUUUAGAGACAGCAUAGUGUUGUCCAACAGCGAUCCCAACCUCUUCCUCCUUGAAGAGCAACCUAUAAACUGGAACAAUGAGUUUGGCAGCCAAGAAAGUGGCAGCCCUGCCGAUGCUAAUGAUAAACGAAAAAGGAUGAAGCAAGUAGUGUCAAUGAUUCAAGAUGAUGGCGUUUCCCAUCUCGAGGAAGUUGAAGUUAUGGAUGACCUCAAGGAAGUAUCUGACGAGGAACAAGUUGGAAAUGAUGACUCAGAAUCUUGCAGCCCAGUCAAAUCCCCUGAUAGUGUGAAGGAGAUUCGUGACCUGCUGACAAUAACUAAAAUCGAAACAACUGAAGCGCCUGCACCGGCAGAUAGUUCAUUGAGCAAUGGAGCUGUUUGUAAGAAUGCAAAUGCAGUUGAGAGAAACCCUUCUGAAGAAACCCAUGCAAAGUUGCUCCAAGAACAGCAACAGGCAUCAAUACCAUCCACUGGUGGGGAGAGUGACCUCCAAUCUUCCACUGAGAAAACAGAAGCCAGCUGCAGUUCUACAGUCAGCUGUCCAGAAAAUGCCUUGCAUGAAGAAAAGGAGUCGCACCCAGAGAAAGUGACUCUUUGCCAACAAGAUUCUAACGACAAAGAAACAGGAGAGGAGAUUUCUUCAAAGAUCACUGAAACAGCAGAAGACUCACAUGAGGCACAUAAAGUACAAGAAACAGAAUCUGAAUCUUAAUUGCUGGAGAAUACGUUCGUCUGCGAUCAGUACUGAGGCUCCAAAAGGACUUUUUGUGUGGCUUGUAGCCUUGAAUGCAGUGGUGAUACAAUGGCCCUGAAAUUCAAUCAGAAUUGAACUGGUCCCUCACCAUAAAACGAGAGACCAGCAGAAGGCCUGCAGAAUUUCAGGGCCACUGAGUUUUCUUCUGUUCAUUCUAACAUUUUAGAAAUUCUUCAGUGAAAUAUCUAAUUGGCAUACAGUACAUCUUGAAUUGUUGUCUUUCUGUUCUGCAUUGAACGUCACUAUAAUAUGUCCUGCUUAUUGUCUAUUCUUUUUGUUAUCCAUGGUAGUUUCAUUUUCUGGUGCUUGAAGCAUGUUUAAUAGAUCUAAUUGGUUUGAGCUGAUUUAUUCGCCUGUUUAAUUCCCGUUUUGGUUUAUUAUAUGUAAGCCUGCAUUUUUGCAUCAAUAUGGUUUGUCAUCUUCUAGUUAUGGUUAGUUGUCACACUCAAACGUGCAACAGGAUCAGAUGCCCCUUUUGUGCUCAGCCACUGUGGCAGAAUUGUGGCUUGCUCACUUCAUGAUGACAUCCUUAGAAAAUAAUUCCUUUUGAUCGAAUUGAGAAUGUUACUUCACAUCAGGAUCACAGUUAUUGCCAGUUAGUAUGCCAAACUAAGGUAUUACACUUUUCUACAAUGCAUGAAACGCAAGAUAUUUUGUUACUGGUAAAUGUUCUUAUUUGAAUAUUUUUGAGAAUUGCUACUACUUUUGUUUGUUGUAUUUAAAUGGCACCAUUAAAUCACAAAGAAUAAGUAACAUCGACAUUAUGAUCUCUAGUAGCUAUUUAAGAGAAAUGUUGUAAGCCCACAUGCACCUUUCUGGAAUAUGAUUCUGAAACCCUACCUAUAAUCGAGAAUUAGGUGCGAUUAAUGGUGUUUUGUGCCAUAGAUUGUUCAGCAGUAACCUGUAUAGAAAUAUUGGCUGCCAUGUUGACAGUCAGUAGUUCUGACAUACAACAUUGACUGACUAAUGAUUAAAUAAGCCUUGUUCAUUGUUUUUGUUGACAUAUCUGCCUAAAGUACUGCUAAAGAUUAAUUAUAAUGGUUGCGAUAUUAUAGAGCUAUUGAAUGAUGAAUGGAAAAGUGAAUUAUCAUAAACGAUGGCAAGAAUCUCUCAGAUGCAUUUUUGUUUACAGGCAGAAUCUCUAGUUGUAUCUCUCCAGAGCAGAUUGGCAGGUGUGUUCCAGCAUUCUCAAACAUCCUGGAGGCUAAAUUUUGCUGGUUACAGGAUUGUUUACUAUUAUUUAAAGCAAGAUGGAGAAUAGGAUGCAAGUUCCUAAUAAUAUUGUAUGGUUGAAGGACAAAUUGUCACAAACCUGCCAACACAGAGCGCUCAAGUAUGCAGUCAUAUUUAAUGAACUGUUAGACAGUUUGUUAAUGUUAACAUGGAUAAUUCCUUAACAGAACCUGUCGACUGCUGGAAAAAAAAGUGGCAUACUGCGGAAGGCUCGUUUCUCCUGCAUGUACCAAGGCUGAAGCAAGCAUACCAAGUUUCAAGGGGGGGAAACAGUUUAUUUCUCAUGAAAUAUAAAUUGAUUUCCUUUUGAAAUUUGAUAUUCCUGCAUCUGCCCUGAAGGGUACAAGAUGAAAAGCUUGACAUUGUGUCACUUGUAGCAAUAUUUAGGCUAAUAUGGAGUUAAUAAUUAUGGAGUAUGGUUUCUGUUGGUGAAAGGAGUCCAAAUUGUUUUUUUUAAAACACCAUUCUGCUAAUUCUUUGCCGUGAUUUUAGGCCAAAUAUUCCAUGACCUGCUCGUUAAGAAAAAACUUCCUUUUAUUUAAGAGAUUUUAUUUCAUAUUAUUAGCAUAAAUGCUUAUUUAACUAUUAAGUAUUGCUGGAAUAUCCUUGGGAUGAGCAGUUGAAGCUUCUUGGCAUGACCUUUAGUUUGACACUAAAUGGGCUUUUCCAUUGUAUCAUAGUUAUGAUUAAAUGCUUUUGCUGACUGAACAGGGAAGGAAAAAAAAAUGAAUUUAAACAAUAAAUGUUCUUUUUAAUUUUAUUAAAAAGCAUAAUAUGUACAGGCUUGUGUACAUCAGCACUGUUCUGUAAAGUCUCAGUUACAGGCAGUUUGCUAUGUAACACCUUUUUUUGCUCUCUCUAUUGCUGCUUAAAACUUGAUGGUUUUACAAUGCUACCAGUGAUCAUGUUACCUUCUUCCAUUGAGUUGUGGGUUCCUAUAAGUGCUCAAAAUAUUUUAUUAUGCUGCCUUUUUGCAAAAUAUACAUUUAAUAAAGUUUUCAUCAGGAUCAAA